AUGUUCAGUCCCCUUGCUAUAGAAUGCAAUGAGACCGACUCCCAAGUUUACAUUCCGCUCCACCCCGUCUCCCUGGCUGUGAGUGCGUUGAUCCUGAGCUUGACUUGUGUUAUCGGCGUGCUGGGAAACGGGCUGGCCUGCCGCCUGCUUCGCACCGACAAGUCUCCACGCACCCCGAUCAACGCCCUUCUUCUCAACCUUGCCGCCACCGACCUCCUGAAAUGCGCGGUGGACAUCCCCUUGCUCCUGGCCGUCAGCAUCUGGGGCAACAGCCGGGUGGACCUGGGCGAAACGCUGUGCGUCCUGCAACCUUUCGCCUACUCCCUGAGCAGUUGUGUCCAACUUGCUACUCUGGUGGUCAUCAGCAUGGAACGCUACCAAGCCAUUGCCCACCCAUUCCAGGUAACCAAGAAGAAGAUUAGGAUCCAGGGAUGGGGCCCAAUCAUCUGGUCCAUGAGUUUUAUGGUUUCAGUCUUGUCUGUCACUUUGACCAAGAAGACCCCAGCCUAUGUGAGAUGCAGGCAUCUAUCUGUAGACCCUCAAAAAUAUUUUGACCCUUUUGGUACUUUUAUCCUUGUUCCCACCUGGACUAUCAGCUUGGCCCUGAUAGUUGGCCACUACCUGAGAAUAUUUGCAAUUGUCAGGAGGCACAACAAAAGAAUCUUCGAUAGGGGGAUGGUGCCCAGCUCACCAAAGGAGCCUGUUCUGCACCUACCGGGGCAUGGCGGGCGACAGCAGACAGCAGCCAAGGCGGUGGCUAGAGGGGAAGAUGGAUGUCCACCAGCUGAGCUCAGCCCUGUUCAUCAGACAGGGAAGGCAUCGCGGGCCGUCCAGAGCCAGGUGGUCUCGACGAACGGCCGAGCCUCCACGUCCCUCCAGAGUGAACCUCCUGAUGCCCCCAACAUAAUGGGAGCGGUGUGCCUCAUUAGCAGGUCAUCCAGAGAGUCUGCCAAGAAAAGAAUGGAGGGCAAGCUUGCCAAACGCUUUGGCUACAUCAUGUUAACCUUCCUGGUGUGUUGGAUGCCGCUGGUCACAGUUUUGCUGUUGAACAUGUUCGUACAACAUUUGAUGGCGUUGGAGAUCCAGACCUUUGCCAUUGCUUUGUCCUGCAUUCCAGCUGCAGUGAACCCUUUCAUUUACACCAUGCUGAACAAACAGUUUCACUCUGAAAUCCAGCAAGCACUCACCGGAUUUUGCUCCAAAUGCAAAUGUCUGGGUAUAAGAGCUUAAGAGCCCACGCGUUCACCUUCAUUUUGGAGGCCCUUAAUCCCGAGAACACGCCUCAGUGUGGGACAAGCCCGUUGCUGCAUUUGUUUCAUUUAAUACAGAAACAAAGCAGAUACAGAUGCUGGUUUAACCUGUUUUACAAAAGCUUUUCAAAAGUUUAUUCCCAGCUGUUAUCUGCUAGCAAAAGGGGAC